AUGAGCACAGGCGGGAUAGCUCUACUCAUCGCGAAUCAGCCGAACACAUUCACCGGCCUCAACCAAAUCGGACUCGCCGUCUACAUCAUCAAUCUCGCUCUCUUCGCUCUCGUCACCUCUCUGAUGGUUGCGCGAUUCGUCCUUCAUCACAACUUCCUCGAGUCUCUUGCACAUGAACGUGAAGGGCUUUUCUUUCCCACAUUCUGGCUAUCAAUCGCAACCAUGAUCACUGGUCUUGACAAAUACUUUGGCGACGACCCAGAACCUUCAUUUUCCACGACCAUGUGCGUUCUUUUCUGGAUAUACUGCGUCUGCACAUUUACUGUUGCCGCUCUUCAAUACUCUUACGUCUUUACCUCGAUCAGCUACCGGCUCCAGACAAUGAUGCCGUCAUGGGUUCUGCCCGCUUUCCCAAUUAUGCUGAGUGGGACAAUCGCCUCUGUCAUCGCCGCCCGUCAACCUUCCGCGACAUGUAUUCCCAUUGUCGUGGCGGGUAUGACCUUCCAAGGGUUAGGCUUCUGCAUCAGCUUCAUGAUGUACUCACAUUAUAUUGGCCGCUUGAUGGAGUCUGGACUCCCUCAUCGCGAACACCGGCCUGGCAUGUUCAUUUGCGUCGGCCCACCCGCCUUCACGGCCUUAGCCCUCAUCGGCAUGGCCCGUGGACUGCCCGACUCGUUCAGCGUGAUGGGUCGACCUGAUGACUCGGCCGAUCGAGAAGUGCUCGAGAUCUUGGCCCUUUCAGCCGGCGCAUUUCUAUGGGCGCUGAGUCUAUGGUUCUUCUGCAUUGCACUCAUUGCCGUGGUGCGAGCUCCGCCAAAAUCCUUCCACUUGAGUUGGUGGGCGAUGGUAUUUCCCAACACUGGGUUCACCCUGGCGACUAUCACCCUAGCCAAUUCAUUUGAUAGCAAGGCGCUGAAGGGUGUGGGCUCAGCCAUGUCUAUAUGUGUUAUUGCCAUGUGGCUGUUUGUCUUUGUCAACCAUGUGUUGGCAGUGGUUCGGCGUGAUAUUAUGUUCCCCGGAAAGGACGAGGACGUAAGCGACUAA